UCGCACUCUGUCUACAUCUUCUGCCGUUUUAGUGCAUCCCCUCGUUCUUUCUCCCCCUUCUGUCACCUCUCGUCUCCGCGCUCAUCCUCCCCUGCCCAUCUCCCUUUAAUUGCACGCAUCCUCUUUCCCAUCUCUCCGUUUCUCAUUUUUGUAUCUCCCAAUCUCAUCACCCGCAUCCCUCUCCUCGUCCUUUCCUCGUUUGCCGGAUCCCGAAAGCAGACCUCUCUCGUUCUCUCUCUCCUACUCCCUCUCCUUCCCUCCCCUCCCCUCCCACUUUACGUCCCCCCUCCCUCCAUCCUCUUUUUCUUCCAUGCUUAAGUCAGUCAAAGGAGAUACAGAGAAGAAAAGAGAGGCGAACGGCGGGCUCUGAGAGAGAGAAAGAGAGAAGGAGAGAAGGAGAAAAGCUGGAGGGAGAGAGGGGAGAGGGGGGAACGGGGGUUUGGAUACAUCUCCACCUGACUUCUCUCUGCCAUGGACUGCCUCUGCAUAGUGACCACAAAGAAAUAUAGGUAUCAAGAUGAAGAGACUCCGCCCUUGGAGCAUAGCCCCGCCCACCUGGCUCACAGUAAAAGUGCAGAGAUGCUUCACAUGAGCGAUAAGAACCUGGCCGCCAUGGACUCCAUGCACAGUUACGCGCCCCACACACACAUCUCGCCUAUAAAGCCAGUGUUGCUGUCAUCUGGUCAAACCCCUCUGUAUACCUCUGCUGUCUCCACACUGGGAAACUCUCCACCCGUAGUGGUGAACACAGACACACUGGAUGGCUCACCUUAUGUAAAUGGAGCAGAAGGGGAGAUUGAAUAUGAAGAGAUUACGUUGGAAAGGGGGAAUUCUGGUCUGGGCUUCAGUAUUGCUGGAGGGAUUGAUAACCCUCAUGUAGGAGACGACCCCAGCAUCUUCAUCACCAAGAUCAUUCCAGGAGGUGCCGCCGCACAGGACGGCAGACUCAGAGUAAAUGACAGCAUUCUGUUUGUGAAUGAUGUUGAUGUUCGGGAGGUGACACACAGUCAGGCCGUGGAGGCUCUCAAGGAAGCGGGGGCCAUCGUCCGACUCUACGUCCUGCGCCGUAAACCCAUCGCUGAGAAAGUCAGCGAAAUGAAACUCAUCAAAGGGCCAAAAGGUCUUGGUUUUAGUAUAGCGGGUGGUGUAGGUAACCAGCACAUCCCUGGAGACAACAGCAUUUAUGUCACAAAGAUCAUCGAGGGAGGGGCAGCGCAUAAAGACGGACGACUACAGAUCGGAGAUAAAAUACUUGCUGUGAAUAAUGUGUGUUUGGAGGAUGUGAUGCAUGAAGAUGCCGUGGGGGCGCUGAAGAACACGGCUGAGGUGGUCUACCUCAGAGUGGCUAAGCCAAACAACCUGUAUCUCACCAACAACUAUAACCCACCAGACCUCACAAGCACGUAUUCUCCGCACAUGGACUCAGACCUUGGACAUCCAAACUACUUGGGCUCGGAUUACCCACAAGCCCUCACUCCCACCUCACCGAGCCGCUUCUCUCCUGUCCUGCACAGCAUCAUGGGAGAUGAUGACUUACCAAGGGAUCCGAGGCGUGUUGUGAUCCACAGAGGAUCCACGGGUUUGGGCUUUAAUAUAGUCGGAGGAGAGGAUGGUGAGGGAAUCUUCAUCUCUUUCAUCCUGGCAGGAGGUCCUGCAGAUCUGAGCGGUGAACUCCGCAAGGGAGAUCAGAUCCUGAGCGUGAAUGGUGUGGAUCUGCGAGCAGCUACACACGAACAAGCGGCGGCUGCGUUAAAGAACGCAGGACAAACUGUGACCAUCAUCGCCCAGUACAGACCUGAAGAGUACAGUCGAUUUGAAGCAAAGAUUCAUGACCUCAGAGAGCAGUUAAUGAACAGCAGUAUGGGCUCAGGAACCACAACAUUACGCAGUAACCCCAAAAGAGGACUUUACAUCAGGUCUCUGUUUGAGUAUGAUAAGACAGCAGACUGUGGGUUUUUGAGUCAGGCCGUGGGCUUUAAGUUUGGAGAUGUGCUUCACGUUCUGGAUUGUGGUGAUGAGGAGUGGUGGCAGGCCUGCAGAUUCAGCCCACAGGGGGAGGAGGAGGAGGUCGGCUUCAUCCCCAGCAAGAGGAGAGUUGAGAGGAAAGAGUGGUCACGUUUGAAGUCAAAAGAGAGGGACCGAUCUCGAGACAGUACACUAUCACAGGGACGAGAAGAGGCAGUACGGAGUUACGAGACAGUCGCACAAGUUGAAGUGCACUACGCGAGGCCCAUCAUUAUUCUGGGCCCCGUGAAGGACCGAGUCAACGAUGACCUGCUGUCUGAAUUCCCAGACAAGUUUGGAUCUUGUGUCCCUCAUACCACGAGACCGAAGCGUGAGUAUGAGGUGGAUGGGCGCGACUACCACUUUGUGUCGUCUCGAGAACAGAUGGAGAAAGACAUUCAGAACCAUCGAUUCAUCGAGGCGGGCCAGUACAACAGUCACCUGUACGGCACCAGUGUUCAGAGCGUGCGAGAGGUGGCCGAACAGCAGGGGAAACACUGCAUUCUGGAUGUGUCCGCAAACGCUGUUCGUAGGCUACAGGCAGCACAGCUUCAUCCAAUCGCCAUCUUCGUUCGUCCUAAAUCACUGGAGAACGUCCUAGAGAUCAACACCCGUCUGACUGAAGAACAGGCCAGGAAAGGAAUGGACCGCGCUAUUAAACUGGAGCAAGAUUUCCUCGAGUGCUUUUCUGCCAUCGUGGAGGGCGACAGUUUCGAGGAGGUUUAUCACAAGGUUAAAACUGUGAUCGAGGAGCAGUCAGGGCCUUAUAUCUGGAUUCCCACCAGGGAGCGUCUGUGAGCAUCUCACUCAGUCACCGUUUGGCCUACCCGUCCUGAACUUCUGAGCUGCGUCUCGUCGAGCUCACGAGAAACAGACAGAGAGCGCGAAAGAGAAGAAGACGUCACGGAGGCACCCGGAAACGGCGGCGCGGAGCGACACAGGACCCGUCCGUACCGCAUCCGCCUCAUUUCCUCUUCUGGCUUUCUGACUUCCUGUUUCCGCUUGAAACUUCCUUCUUCUGUCUUUCUCUUUCUCUGUUUCUCUCUGAAUAACGUCCUCCUCCACAGGACUGGUGAGCUGUUUUUACCCUCACGAACAGGGACAUUUUGUAUAUUGUCGGAUUCCCUCUCCUUCUCUCCGGCGGCAAACGGCGAGACGGGCGACCGCCUUGGCUUAUACCGGAACGAGACGUCCGAGAGCUCAUCGCGAGCUAAAGCUGAAUGGAACUGAAUUAUUAUCAAAGUAUAUUUAUCGGUAUCAAUAAUGCUCUGAAAAUCUUCAAUAUCAAAGAUGUUGUGACUCCUCAGAGACCGGCUUUCACUCGGUCGCACACACAGAUAUCCGCUACAAGGGCAUUUGAUUCCUUUCAGACAUUUUUAAGCGCUUGGUUUGUGCUUCCUGACAUCCGGGAGGUGCCGGGACGAUUGCAUCAGUCCUUUGAAUGUUUCCCUCACAUAGUUUGCAGCUCAUCGUAGUGAACGGAUAUUAAAGAGAGACCACGCAGAGUGUGAUUUGUUUCCUGCACGACACGCGCUUGAUAUUCUGGGUUAGGUUUUUAGGAUUUUUUUUCCGUAUGUAGACGAUGCACAUUUAGAGACAUUCAAACACACAAACACAUCUUCUCGCAGUGGCCAGAUCGAUCGUUUCCUUCCACAUGAAAUUCGUUCAGAUUUCCGAGCGACUCCGGGCUGCUCUUUAAUGUGCAAUAUCUUCAGCGUUUGUUCUUCCAUAACCUCUCACGACAGAAAGCAUUUCAAUUGAGCUUAAAUCAAUCACGUCACAUGUAUGUCAACGAUGGCUGUGUUCACAUUGCCAAACUCCCCAAUUGUUACUCGAAUCAGAUUUUUUUCGGUGAGUUUAUUCUUAUAAAUAUAACAUAAUAUUAAUAUUACAAACCACUGGUCGGUUCUGAUGUUCACACAGUGAAUCCAAUAAGAAGGAAAAAUCACAUACUGUAUGAGAUCUCUUUAAUAUCUCGAUUAUCUCUAAUAGACACAUCAAUGAGAUUUGGAGAGCAAAUGGAAACUUUUGCUUAAGUUUCAUCUGCGUCUCAGAUAUUUCUCUUAAGAAAAAGAAUCUCACGAAUGUCUCAUUGGGGUUCAAGAAGAGAUGUCAACAAUAUCUCAAACUGAGCUCAGAUUUGUCAAGCCUGCGAUCAAAAGUUAAUAUUAUUGAAGAUCUCAACAAGAACUCAAACAUUACUCAUCAAUUGACCCAAUUAUUUGAUCUCUACAAUCCAAUGGAUUUCUCAUUUGUUGCUGUUUGUAUCGAAGCAAUUUUAAGAGAAACAUCCGAGACGUCAAUGAAGCGCAACUCAGAACUCCGUCUCAUCUCGUGAGCUAUAAAAGAGCAAGAUCUGAGCAAUAACAAAUUCUCCUCUUGGAUGUUUUAUUUUCGCAGUUUGCCCCUGUUGCUAGAUGUCGUAAAAACAUCACGAUGGGGCAGACAUGCAUGAAUCGUGUCAAAAUAAACCUGUAUGCAUGCAUUUAAAUCAUAUAAAUUGCAUUUCAGUACAUUAUAAACAGUUCUGUCAUAGUGCCUGAUUUUUGAAGGGCUCUCAAAGGGUGACACGCGUUUGUUUUCCUUUCCGCUGCCUUCGAAGGGCACGUAGAUAUCAGUGAUAGGUCACAUGGUCGUACGGCUCAAGCAAUUGGCUCUUCUGUACCUUAAAGAUGUUCGCUCCGUCGUACAGAAAAAAUCUGAUUUGGGUCACAUUCGGUUGCCGUGUGAACAUAGCCUUAACGCCCAUUUAAACUCACAGGUACAAGAGUCCUAUCAGGAAAAUGUACGAUGAGUUUUAUACUAGAAUAUAGAUGAGAUUGACUAGCGCGGCUGUGUGGAUGUAUCGGUGCACAUUAGUGACAUCAUGACACCAGGUGAUUGACAGGUCGGUUAUCCAGACGUUUUCUAAUGAUGCUGUUUUUUAUUGGAAUACGAUUGUAGGUUCGAUCGGCUAGAGAAGAGUCAGCUUAGCCAUUCGCUUCCAACCAUCUUAACCUGUUUCCGAGCUCCUUUUACCCAGAGUUCUGUGAGGCGAGCUCACUUUCGCCCUGGAUGACAUGAGAAUGACAGAAUGAUAAAUUGGCUUUUUUGCCCUUUUGUGUGGUGACAGUGACGCGGUAGAACUCAAUCCAGCGCUUGGAGGCCGUUACACUGGCGAAGACGGAAGUGACGGCGGCUCGAAAGCUUGACCUACAGCUGACGCCUUCAGUGUGAUUUCAUGUAAAUCAAUGCCAUGAACUGUGUUGUUUUUACCACGGUGAUUUAUUGACCGAGACGUAUAAAAACAGGCACAAUAUUUGUGUGUGCGCGUGUCAGGAUAUAAAGAUAAAGGGAAAAACAUUUGCACUUAUUAACGGAGAGAUUUCAUGAGAAUUGAUGCACGUGAAAACAGGACGAGAGAGAUCUGGGGCCUCAUGUAUCAAUGCUGCGUACAAAAACGUUGCGUACGGCAGCUUUCACGCUAACUCUCAGAUGUACUUACAGUGAACUUAACGUGAGAAUGUGCAUUUACACAUUUGUCCGUACGCAAUGUUUUAGAUUGAAUUCAACGCAAGUCUUUGUACAUGAGACCCCUGGUGACCUUUUUUUUACUUUCACUAUUUCUGUUUUGGAUUUUUGCUUUUGACUUUCGAUAUUAAGUGUAAUUGGAGUGCAGUGACAGUUUUUUUAUUUAUGGAUUUUAUAUUGUUUGUUUGUUCAGUUGUUUACGGCUUUGUUUACAUCAGGGUUUUGUGCGAAGACGUUUGCUGUGGUUUCCAAAGUGGGCCUGCACACAAUCACAUGCGAUCGACUGAAAAUUAAAAAUGACUGUGAAAUAAAAAAAUUAAAAAGGUGAAACCUGCACGCAGUUCACACACUGAUAUUUUAAACAUAACCCAUACAUUUCCAAAGUCAGAGUAUUAUUGGCUACAUGAAACAAGACGAAUAACAUAUCUUGCAUUCUGUAUGAGCUACAUGCACACGUGCGCGCACACACACACACACACACACUGUAUUACCAAGAAAAAUAUAUGACUUCACUUACUAGAAUGAAUUAUAAGUUGAUGCUUAUUUAUUUAUUUAUUUGAAAGGAUCAAAUGUAUUUUAUCAAUUUGUAUUUGCCAUAACAUAUUAUUCUAACUAUCCUGAACAGAUUGAAAAUAUUGCUUUUAUUUUAAAAAAGAUUAACUAUGAAAAUACAACAACGCCAUCUAAUGCAAAAGUAUAUUUAAAUGAUUUAUCUUAAAAGAGAGAUUUACCAAUGACAGUAUAAAAAUGUUGAAUUUCAGUGAGAUGCUUGUUGUAAAUUAGCUACAAAAAUAAUAAACUACUUAUGUUAAAGAGU